UUUCACACUUGUUUUGUACAAACGUUAAAUCCGCGUGCACAAACAAUUAUUAUUAACGUAACUUUGGCAAUGGGGAGUAUAUCGUAAAUCUAACAAGUGAGACUCUUAUUAUACACUGAAAACUGUAAAAAAGAUAAUUGUCAUUGCAUUGUUUGACAAUGGCCGACAAGAUAAAGGUCGAAUAUGGCUUUGAAUUAUUACAAAAAACUGUUGACAAUGAUAUUCGUAAAAAAGAAGAUGCAAUUAUAUUAUUGGUGCAUUGGUAUCUCAUAAAGUGUGGCUUUAAAUGUCUAGGAUAUGGAAUUUCUAAAACAUUUGAACCAUCUGAAAAAGGCACAGAAUUACUUCCAGAAGAAUGGAACAAGGGUUCUAAUUAUAAACUGCGUUAUUUAAAAGAUGGCAAAUUGUUUCUUUUUUAUGGAGUACAAUCUGACGAAGAUAUGGUUAUGAAUUUAUUGAGAAUAGAAGAUGAAAAAAUAACAAAUGUGAAUUUUCCAUUAGCACAAACCGUCAGUGAACUUCAUGGUCCAUUAGAAGUAAUGAUACCAUCGUAUUCAACAGUUUUAUAUAAAUUAAAUAAAGAACUUAUAGAACCUAUAAAUCCAAGUAAUUGUAAGGAACAAUCAACGCAAACAUUAACUCCUAAUGUUGAACGUGAAUCUAGGGAUAUUCAUAUUGAUCCACCUCCAAGGAAUCCUUCACGACAUUGGAUACCUGAAGAAGAUCCAAGGAGAGUUGGUGGAGCAGAUUUAAAUCCAUUUGGAGGAGGUAGGGGUGGUGGUGGUGGUGGAAUGCUUUUUGAACCAUUCAGAUGGGGUACAGAUCCAAGAGGAAUUGGUGGUUUAGGAGUACCUGGCAGAUUACCACAAGGAGCAGUGCCACCCGGAGCAAGGUUUGAUCCUUUUGGACCACCUGACGUAAAUCUAACGCCACGUAGAUCACAAAAUCCUGACAACGAUGAAUUUUCACCUCCAGGAUACAAUGAUAUGUUCAUGUAAAGAAAAGGAAUGCUCAAGUUAAAAGGAUUAUGUUUAAUUAACAAACAUUUCGUUUUGAUAAUUAUCAA